AUGUCCCUCUCUGUCCUCUGUCGAAAGGUAUUACAAAAAUACACACGGCCAUCUUAUUAUUGGACAGACAAUAGUUCGGCACGAUCGCAAUCAUCUGAUAUUACUAAUGCAGAAUUUCGUAUUCAUCGUUGCAGUUAUUCAUAUAUUUACAUCCUUGCUCCAUUACGAUGCGUUGAAGUUCGUAAAUGUCAUAAUGUAACAAUUGUUCUUGGAGCUGUUGAAACAACAUUAAAAGUAACAGAUUGUGAAAAUGUCUCAAUAUCUGCUGUAUGUCGUCGAUUACUCAUUAGUCAAUGUCGUUCAUCAUCAUUUUAUAUUCAUACGCCAACACGACCAUUAAUACAAUUAAAUUGUGCUAGUUUACUUUUUGCACCAUAUAAUGCAUCACAUGUUGAAUUACCUGAACAAAUGGAACGUACUGGUCUUUGUAAAGAACUUAAUCUAUGGAAUAAACCAUUAGUUACACAUCCAGCUGGUUAUGUUGAUGAACAACCAUGGUCACUUCUUCCACCAGAUGAUUUCUAUCCAAUUAGUUCAAUUCGAUUAGAAGAUCAACAAACGGAUGGCUUAAUUCCUCUUCCAUCAGAAUAUCAAUCGGCUAUAGAUAAAAGACAAAAAUCAAUAUCAUUAUUAGCUAAUGAAAUAACAGCUGCACAAUUAAAUCCUGAACAACGUCAACGUUUUCAACGUUUUGUUGUAUCAAAUUUUGAAGCAUGGCUUGAUGCAACAGGAAAUGCUAAAAUUCUUAAUCAUCUUUCCAGUUUACAACAACAAUAA